AUGGAUGAGUUUUGUUGUGAUAUCAAGAGUUGGUAUGUUCAUCCUAGUGGUUUGAAUGCUUAUGAAGUGAGAAAUGGCUUCCACUCAUAUGGAGUGAACUUAGAGGGGAUGUACUGUACAUGCAGACUUUGGGAGUUGUUUGGGAUCCCUUGUGUCCAUGCCCAAGCAACCAUAAUUUACACACAACAGGAUCCAACUAGAUUCAUCAACACAUGGUUUGGUAAUGACAAGUUUUUAGCUACUUAUAAUUCUAACAUCCUUCCUAUUAAUGACAAUAAUAUGUGGGAACCAACACCUUACACCAAACCACUACCACCUGUUGAAAGAAGGAUGCCAAGAAGGCCUUGUAUGAAAAGGAAAAGGCAUGUUUCUGAGCAUGAAGACAGAGGGUCUACCAGUGUUUAUGAAGAAGGUGAAAGUUUUGGGAAAAAAGAACCUGAGAUUGAGACUCAAUUUGUCACCCAAACAACACCUAAUGUUGAGAGUAAAUUUGUCACCCAAACAGCACCUACUGUUGACAGUGAACAUGUACCAGAAACACAGGAAGCAGUUGUUGAGAUUGAUGUUGAAGGUGAUGGUCUUGAUAUGGCUGAUCUAGAUCAAAUACUACAUGAUUUGAGUUACCUUAGAGAGUCAAAAUACAGUGAAGCAGAAAUCCUUUUGUGUCUUAAUAUCACCCAAUCACAACUUAAAGGAUUUGAUGCUUUGCUUCGCCAAUCCAAAAAAGUUGCAAAUGAUGUGUCUUUUGAGAGUGAACAUGUACCAGAAACACAAGAGGACGAUGAUGAAAACAAGGGGGAGAGUGGCUAUGAAGAUGGAGUUAAAGAUGAUGAAGAUGGAGUUGAAGAUGAUGAACAGGGAGUUGAUGAUGAAGAUGGAGCUGAGGAUGAUGAAGAGGGAGUUGAUGAUACUAAAGUUAGGGUUAGAACUCAAGUUAGGUCUUCACUUUCCCCGAACUCAAAUCGGCCACCAAUGGCUUCAACCGAUAAGCAAAGAUCGGCGAAGGUGGUUUCGGGUGUGUCUACAUCGGCGGCAUUAAAUCCGAUCAAGACUCGUCAACAGGUAGAAAUACUGAAACCCAAAUUGGCAACACCAGAUGCUAUAUGUUUUAUUGGUAGGAGAUUCAGUGAUGACAUGGUUCAGGCUGACAAGAGUUUGUAUCCUUUCAAGAUCACUGGAGAACGCAAUGACAAGCCUGUGAUUUUAGUUACGUACAAAGGUGAAGAGAAAAAAUUCUCAGCUGAAGAAAUUUCAUCAAUAGUUCUCGCCUGA